UUCAGUUUUAAAUCGCGGAAGUGAGGCGCUGUGUUGUGUUUGGAGCAGAAAGGAGCGCAGAGGCGCUUUCUGAGCGAAGCCUUUCAUUAAAAGAAUCAAACCGCGCAGAGGACGCAGCGCAGAUGGAGGACGACGCUCCCGUCAUUUACGGGCUCGAGUUUCAGGCUCGAGCUCUGACGGCGCAGACAGCUGAGACCGACGCUGUUCGCUUCCUCGUGGGCACGCAGUCACUCAAGUUUGACAACCAGAUCCACAUCAUUGACUUUGAUGAUGAGAAUAACAUCAUUAAUAAGAACGUCCUUCUGCACCAAGCUGGGGAGAUAUGGCACAUCGGCGCCAGUCCUGCAGAUAAGGCUGUGCUUACCACCUGCUAUAACAAAACCAGCGACAGCAGGGUGGUGUCCUGCGCGGCCGUGUGGCGGAUGCCCUCUGACUGGGAGACAGGAAACCACGAGUCACCUGACGAAUCCGCCCACAACCCCCAAACCCUGGAGCUGCUCUGUCACCUAGACGACAGCACCCACGGCAACGCUGCCUGCGUGCUGUGGGAGCCCAUGGGGGACGGCAAGCGCAUGAUUUCAUUGGCUGAUAACCAUGCGCUGCUCUGGGACCUGCAGGAGAGCUCCACACAGGCCACGGUCUCCAGCACCGCCACCCUCGAGGGUAAAGGUCAGCUGAAGUUCACCUCCGGCAAGUGGAGCCCCCACCACAACUGCAGCCAGCUCGCCACAGCCAACGACACGGCCAUACGAGGCUGGGACCUCCGUACCAUGAGUCAGAUCUACUGUAUAGAGAACGCCCACGGUCAGCUGGUGCGCGACCUGGACUUUAACCCAAACCGCCAGUACUACCUGGCCAGCUGCGGGGACGACUGCAAGGUCAAGUUCUGGGACGUCCGCAGCGUGCAGGAGCCCGUGAAGACGCUGGAGGAGCACUCGCACUGGGUUUGGAGCGUCCGCUACAACCACAGCCACGACCAGCUGGUGUUGACGGCCAGCAGAGACAGCCGCCUCAUCCUCUCCAACAUGGUGUCCAUCUCCUCUGAGCCAUUUGGACACCUGGUGGAUGACGAGGAGCUCAGCGAGGGGGAGGAGCUUCACCAGGAGGACAAGGGUAAGGAGCCGCUGAAAGACAGCGUGGUGUCCACCUACGAGGAGCACGAGGACAGCGUGUACGCGGCGGAGUGGUCAUCGGCCGACCCGUGGCUCUUUGCUUCGCUCAGUUAUGACGGACGGCUCGUCAUCAACAGAGUCCCGCGCGCCCUCAAAUACCGCAUCCUGCUCUGAGCGGGGCCGUGCUGCCUGUGUGUCUGUGUGUGACAGGCUGUGUUGAUGCUGACCACUGUAAAAAAUAUCUGUGUUGCUUAGAAGUAAAAACUGGCCGUUGGAUGAA